GGGCGUUUACGUGAUUCACGUGAAGGCACCACACUAUAAACUGCGCUCGUGCUCGCACCAUCCGCAGCGCGAACAUCAAACGCAGCAGAGAGCAGCUAAAAUGAAGAACAACAUUCUGGGCCGAAUUUGUAUCAUUAUCUUGAGUGUCGUGUUUUUUUUAAUCGUUGUUGUCUUUAACGCGUUGGCAGGAACGGGCAUAGGUCCUUUCGUGUCCACUGCAGCCAAUGUGUCCGCCCGCUAUGAGACAGACAUCACUCCAGCUGGUUGGACCUUCUCCAUCUGGAGCGUUAUCUAUAUCUGGCUCAGUCUGAUGGUCAUUUACCUCACUUCGUAUGUGUUCAGAGGAUCCUGGGCUCAGUCUCUACUACCUUAUGGCUUCUACCUGUCCUUUCUGUGCAACAUGCUGCUGAACGUUGCAUGGCUGUUUCUGUGGGAUAGAGAGUUGAUGGUGGCAGCUAUGGUUGUGCUGAUGCUGAUAGCGUUUACCAACUACUGUGCUUUGUUCUUCUCCUGCUAUGCCACAGACUACUAUGGGCUGUGGUUGAAGACGUAUCAUAGCAAAGACCUGGCCUGUCUCCGAAUACUGGUCCAGAAUGGUUUGGCCGUCUACACCACAUGGACCAGCAUUGCCUCUCUGCUCAAUUUCUCUGUGGUUCUCCACCUGUGGGGUGUUGACAAGAGUACAGCAGCAACUGUCUCUCUGUGCAUCCUUUUUGCAGAAGUAGUGGGAUGGUUCAUUCUGGAGAACUGGGUGCUGGACCGAUGGGUGCGUAACAUUUUGACCGUGUACCUAGUGGUGAUCGUGGCUCUGGCUGGAAACGUCAACAAACAUUUUAACCCACCUGAUCCCACUCCAAAUUCUGUGUUUACGGUGGUACUCUUGGUAUUGGCGUGCAUCCUGUUGGUUUCCCGAAUCUGUGCGGUCAUCUGGAGGAACAAGAAACAGCCCCUCCUCUUACCCGAUUUAGAGAGACAAAUGGUGUCACCCCUUGAAGGCAGCAAAUUUAAAAUUUUUCGCUGAGGGUAACUUAUAGAUUUCAACCUGCUGCAGGAUUUUAAAUAUCAGACUACGCUUUCUUGUUAUUAUGUUUACUCACAACUUUGCUUUGUGGAGAGGUAAAUCUUCAUUUUAAAGUGUCUUUGCUUAAACAACAGGAAAAAAAAACAUAAAUGAUCUCUCUUUGGUUACAAUUUUAGCAAAGCUUUAUGUGAAGAAAUGCUUUCUUUAACUUAAAUUGCAACUAGUUGCCGACAGUUUAUAAAAACAUGCAAUUACUUUUUAAAGCCAAAAUUAACAUAUUAGAACUUUCCUUGUCUUAUCAUAUUUGUAUGUUUUUUGUACUAUAAAAAAUCAGUGUUAUGUAUUGUUAAAGUAUUAU